GUUUGCAACAUGGCGGCCAGCUCCCGGCUGUUGCUGAUCCCUCUGUUGCUUUUCUUCAGCGGGGUUUUUAGUUUUCCUCUCGACCAGAAGAAAACAGACACAACCACCUGCGGAUACCAGUCAUGUCAUUCCACCAAAGCCGACAUGCUGAAUGUUCACCUGGUUCCUCACACACAUGAUGAUGUCGGCUGGCUCAAGACUGUGGACCAGUACUUCUACGGAGAUCGCAACAACAUCCAGCAUGCCGGUGUUCAGUACAUCCUGGACUCUGUGGUGGACCAGCUGCUGAAGAAUCCAGACAGGAGGUUCAUCUACGUUGAGACGGCUUUCUUCUACCGCUGGUGGAAGCAGCAGAGCUCCAGCAUGCAGCAGACGGUCACACAGCUGGUUAACGAAGGCCGGCUCGAGUUCGUAAAUGGCGGCUGGUGUAUGAGCGACGAGGCCACCACCCACUACAGCGCCGUCAUCGACCAGAUGACCGAAGGCCUGAGGUUCCUCAACGAGACCUUUGGAGUCUGUGGUCGUCCUCGUGUUGCCUGGCACAUCGACCCCUUUGGACACGCACGUGAACAUGCCUCCAUUUUUGCUCAGAUGGGAUACGACGGCCUCUUCUUGGGCCGUCUGGACUACCAGGACCGAAGUCGCAGGAUGAAGGAGAAGGAGCAGGAGCUUCUGUGGCGAGCCUCCGACAGCCUCACACCACCGAUGGCUGACCUCUUCACGGGAAUCCUUCCCAACGGCUACAACCCUCCUGAGGGAUUUUGUUGGGACCAGCUCUGCACAGACGCACCAAUCCGAGACGAUCCAGAUCUUGAAGACUAUAACGUAGAGGAUGUGGUGCUGCGCUUCCUUCAUGCUGCAAAUAGUCAGGCGUUGGUGUAUAAAACCAAUCACAUCAUCAUGACCAUGGGCUCAGACUUCCAAUAUGAGAAUGCCAACCUGUGGUACAAGAACCUCGACAAGCUGAUCCGCUACGUCAACGCCCAGCAGACGAACGGGAGCAACGUGAAUGUGCUGUAUUCUACUCCGUCCUGCUACCUCCAGGAGCUGCACCGAGCAAACCUGACCUGGCCUUUGAAGGAAGAUGAUUUCUUUCCCUACGCAGACAACGCUCACGAUUUCUGGACCGGCUACUUCACAAGCCGACCGGCUCUGAAGCGUUACGAGAGGAUCAGUAACAGCAACCUCCAGACGUGUAACCAGCUGGAGGUACUUGGUGGUCCAACCUCCAGGAAGGGACAUUUUGGAAAGGGUGACAGCCAGACUUUGAGAAGAGCCAUGGCUGUGGCCCAGCACCAUGACGCCGUGUCGGGCACAGAGAAACAACAUGUUGCAAAUGACUACGCCAGGAAGUUGGCUAAUGGCUGGCAACAUUGUCAGGUUUUGGUCAGUAACAGUCUGGCUUCCCUCAGCGGCUCCUCGGCUGAACGAACCUACUGUGACAGCCUCAACAUCAGCGUGUGUCCUCUCACAGAGUCCAGCAAAAAGUUCUCAGUCAGCGUGUACAACCCCCUCGCUCAGACGGUCACCUGGCCCGUCCGGCUGCCGGUCAACAGAACAGCUUUCAGAGUAACGGAUGCUAAAGGCAGAUCUGUGGACUCUCAGGUGGUUCCAGUGUCCAGAGCCACUCAGGGAGUGAGGAGGAACCGUGGCUUCGCCAUGAACGAGUUGGUGUUCCAGGUUCAAGCUCCUCCUCUGGGCUACAGCAUGUAUUCUGUGUCAGUGGUCCAGGAUCAGCCUCCACCAUCUCCUCCUGAACACAGUGUCCCCACAGAGAUCCAAAACAAGUACCUGAAAGCGACCUUUGACCCUGACACUGGCCUCCUAAGCAGCCUCAGCAAUCUGGAAACCAAACAGACCAUAAAACUAUCGCAGAAUUUCUAUUGGUACAACGCCAGUGAUGGCAACAACAAAGAGAGCGGACAGCCGUCUGGCGCCUACAUCUUUAGACCAAACUCUUCCACACCCAACAUCAUCAGCAAGACGGCCACGGUGGAGAGCUUUCAGACAUCGGUGGUGCAGGAGGUCAGGCAGUGGUUUGCUCCCUGGGUGUCUCAGGUGGUUCGUCUGUACGCCGACAGCAAAGCUCUGGAGCUGGAGUGGACGGUCGGACCUCUGCCCAUUUCGGACGAGCAAGGGAAGGAAGUGAUCACUCGUCUGGACACCAACAUUCAAACCUCACAGUUUUUCUACACUGACUCCAAUGGCAGAGAAGUGCUGCAGAGGAAGAAGGACUUCCGACCAACAUGGCAGCUGAAGCAGACCGAGCCCAUUGCUGGAAACUACUACCCCAUCAACUCUCGCGCGUUUAUAAAGGAUGACGUGGAUCAACUCACAGUGGUGACGGAUCGCUCACAAGGAGGAAGCAGCAUUCAGAACGGUUCUCUGGAGAUCAUGCUCCAUCGCCGGCUGCUGCACGAUGAUUACCGUGGCGUCGGCGAGCCUCUCGAUGAGGCUUCUGAAAUUUUCCCAGAGGGGUUGGUAGUCCGCGGUCGCCUCUUGCUCUCGCUUGACCGUCCAGCCAGCGCUGCAGACACACACCGCCCCUUGGCCCAGGAGGUCGUAUUCCAGCCACUGCUGACGUUUACCGAUGGAGAGCUGACUCCAAACACGCAGCUGGAGUUCUCUGGCCUUCAGGCUGCACUGCCCCCUGCUGUCCACCUCCUGACAUUCAGCCAGUGGGACGAUGAGUCAGUCCUGCUGAGACUGGAGCAUCAGUUCCAGAGCUGGGAAAGUAAACUGUACUCGCAUCCUGUAACAGUCAACCUCAAGAAGUUGUUUUCUACUCUGGAUGUUCUGGGUGUUUCUGAGUUGAACCUUUCAGCCAAUCAGUGGAAAGAUGAGAUGAAACGUUUCGACUGGACUCCUCAGAAAGAGGAGACACCAACACUGAAGAAGUUUGAGGACCCUUCUGUAUGGGAGGUGACCUUAAGGCCGAUGGAGAUCCGAACUUUCCUCCUCAGAGUCGACCGCAGAUAACGAGUCUCGUGCUUCAAAUUUUAUUAGCCUUGGUUAGCAACAGAGGACUGAAAUACCACGUGAAUGUGCAGAAAGAAACAACUUGGCUUAGGGACAAAAUGAGAGGAUGCUUUUAUACUGCUGCGUUUAUAGGCAGAGACCAGUUUUAAGAGAUGACGGUUUUAAAAUGAACGUUUGAAACGAGCUGAGCUGGCUUGUCUGUAGGAAAAAAAACAAAACUUUUAAUUAUUUAAAUUUAGCUGGUAAUCAUUUUGUUCAGACCUUCCACUACUAACACUUCUUGCCAGUGUUCAUAGUCUGUAUCAGGUACACAAGUUAUUUGCUAUCUUUCAGCAACAAGCAACUAUUUUAGGAGCAUAUAGUUUAUAAUUGUUUUUUUUUAUUAUUAUUUCUACUACAAUGAACUGGAUGUUGUUGCUCAAUGUUAUCAGACCAGCAGACACCAACUAAGGCAUGAACAUCUAUAUAGAAAGCAAUGAUUGAAUCUUUAUAUUGAUAAUAAAUUUAUUUCCAUGACUUCCCAAUGACAUUUGUGCCUUUUUGUGAAGAAGGUAAAUUUUGACAC